AAAUCUUUUCAAUAUACCCGAGAAGAAGCAAGGAAUUUGAUUGACAGCAUGGCAUUAAGAGUUCACGAUACAAUGGCUGUACCACCAGGACAUACACCUUAUACGGUUCGGUUAAAAGAGAGACACCAUGAUUACACCUUGAAGCGACAUGCUAGAGAAGUAGUGAAGGAAACAGCUGAUUUAAGUCUAAAUAUCAUUAUUAAAGACUUUGAGGAUAGAUACAACCCGCCAAGCUUUCGACAUCAUGUAAUACAACAAUAUGAUAUCGAUGAAUACCAAAAACUAGACAAAGUAACCAAGUACCUUCAAAAAUGUGUCGAGGUUACUUGGUAUAUGAACGUACAGGAUCCACCGAUGGGACUACUAUGGCCGAACACAAAUGAGAAUGAAAUAUCAUUAAACUGUUUCAGACAUUUUACAAAAUUUGGUAACAAACUGGAACAUGAAGUAUGGCCAGCUCUAUUGAUACACGAUCAGGGUCCUGUUAUCGUGAAAGGAGUUGCACAACUGAGAUAUUAAACUGAUCGAAAUAGAUCUACUUACUAUC